GGAUGUUCCAAGGAGAUAGAAACCUUGGCCCUUGGGUAGAGACUUCAGGAAUACAUAUUUGACCUCACAUAAGAACUGCCUGAAGGAAGGAAUGCUCUUAGGAAUUCACAGAGCAUCCUGUGCCGAGAACCUGCUGCGGGCUGAGUUCUGGGCUCGAAGUUGGAGACGCAAACAGAAUCAGAAAAUGGGUAAGAAGAGUCGAGUAAAAACACAAAAAUCAGGCACUGGUGCUCCAGCAAGUAUGUCCCCGAAGGAAACCUUGAACUUAACCAGUGAGCUGUUGCAGAAAUGCAGCAGUCCUGCACCGGGUCCAGGAAAAGAAUGGGAGGAGUAUGUGCAGAUCAGGUCCCUAGUCGAGAAAAUUCGAAAAAAACAGAAAGGUCUGUCUGUUACUUUUGAUGGAAAAAGAGAAGAUUACUUUCCUGAUCUCAUGAAAUGGGCCUCUGAAAAUGGAGCUUCUGCCGAGGGAUUUGAGAUGGUUAACUUCAAAGAAGAAGGCUGUGGUUUGAGAGCCACAAGAGAUAUCAAGGCAGAAGAAUUAUUUUUAUGGGUUCCACGAAAAUUACUAAUGACUGUUGAAUCUGCUAAAAAUUCAAUGUUGGGGCCCUUAUAUUCUCAAGACCGAAUUCUUCAAGCCAUGGGAAACAUCACACUGGCCUUUCAUCUACUGUGUGAGCGAGCCGACCCUAACUCUUUCUGGCAGCCUUACAUUCAGACCCUGCCCUGCGAGUACGACACGCCUCUCUACUUUGAAGAAGAUGAAGUUCGGCAUCUUCAGUCAACACAAGCAGUACAUGAUGUCUUCAGCCAGUAUAAGAACACAGCUCGGCAGUAUGCCUAUUUCUACAAAGUCAUCCAGACCCAUCCUCAUGCCAACAAACUGCCCUUGAAGGAUUCUUUCACUUACGAGGACUACAGGUGGGCCGUCUCUUCUGUUAUGACCCGACAAAACCAAAUUCCCACGGAGGAUGGCUCCCGGGUAACCCUGGCGCUGAUUCCAUUAUGGGACAUGUGCAACCACACCAACGGCCUGAUCACCACUGGCUACAACCUGGAGGAUGACCGCUGCGAGUGCGUGGCGCUGCAGGAUUUCCGGGCUGGAGAGCAGAUUUACAUUUUUUAUGGCACUCGGUCAAAUGCAGAGUUUGUGAUCCACAGUGGUUUUUUCUUUGACAAUAAUUCACACGACAGAGUGAAAAUAAAGCUUGGAGUGAGUAAAAGUGACAGACUCUAUGCCAUGAAGGCUGAGGUCUUGGCUCGCGCUGGCAUCCCCACUUCCAGCGUGUUUGCGCUGCAUUUCACGGAGCCACCCAUCUCUGCCCAGCUCCUGGCUUUUCUCCGAGUAUUCUGCAUGACGGAAGAAGAACUGAAGGAGCAUUUGCUAGGAGAUAAUGCUAUCGACAGAAUCUUCACCUUGGGCAACUCUGAAUACCCUGUCAGCUGGGACAAUGAAGUCAGACUUUGGACAUUUCUUGAAGAUCGAGCCUUGCUUCUUCUAAAAACAUACAAAACAACUAUUGAGGAAGACAAGUCCUUCUUGAAAAACCGUGACCUUUCUGUUCGGGCCACCAUGGCUGUCAAGUUGCGCUUAGGUGAGAAAGAGAUUUUGGAAAAAGCAGUGAAGAGUGCAGCCGUGAACCGGGAAUACUACCGCAGACAGAUGGAGGCGAAGGCCCUGCUCCCCAAGUACGAGGAGAGUAGCCCCGGACCGCUGGAAAUGGGUGCGGCCGGGGCACGGCUGCCCCUGGUGCUGAGGAACCUGGAGGAGGAGGCCGGCGGGCAGGAGGCCCUCAGCCUCUCGGAGGCUGUCAGCAGGGCAAAGGCCGUGGAAAAUGGGCUCGUAAAUGGUGAAAACUCUAUCCCCAACGGGGCCAGGUCAGGAAAGGAAAAUGUAAAUCAAGAGGAAAGUAAAAGAGCAACUGAAGACGCCAAAGGAUCUUCUUCAGACAGCACUGGGGACGUUAAAGGGUAGCUCUGAGGGGCGCCGGCUGCUGGGGAAUUCAGUUUAGUAAACGUUUGUGAACAGUCCAUUUACAUUGCUGUGUUUCCUUGUUCACAUUUUUCUUUCCACAGAGAGGAAAAUAUGUUUUUGCUGCUUUAUAUGAAAAUGAUUUUUUAAGUUAUUUAAAAAUCUAGCUUCCCUUUGGAUUGAGAUUGCCAUCUUGUUCCCGGGCAAAACAGACAAGCUCUCAAACCACGGCAACAAAGGCGAAGAGGCGCCUUGGAAGAUUCUGCAGACCCGUCGUGGGCACUUGUAUUUUCUUCCUGGGGAAGAAUUCAGUCCCUCUCACGGCUGUGCUUUUGUGGGCCUGUCAUCUUGACAAGCAGAAUUAGAGCCGGCUCUGCCUCCUGCCAACAGGACUUGACGGUGGUGCGCUGGGCGCCAGUGUGGAGGUGGGGCAGUGGCACGGCGGAGAUCAGGCUGCAGGUUAGGAAACUUGAGAGUCUGGCAAAAUCUUUUUUUCCCCCUUAAAAAAAAAAAACACCCCAGUACCAAAAGAACAGGUAAGGUGGCAACCUUAUUUUUCAUAGUUUUAAAUGUUGAUGAUAAUCCUAAUUAUAUAAAUACACACAUACACAGAUCUAGUGAUUUCUAAAGAUUUGUUUACUUUGUGUGUUUUGUUUCACUGUAUUAAGAACUUGUCCUUUCUCCUCAAAUCAAAAUAGGACAUGCAUCAUCCUCCUAGUUUUAAAUGUUGACUCUGAUUUUAAAGUGGUGCAUUUGAUUUCCAGCGUUGGUGAUGGAGAGAUUACAAACACGGUGGCCACAGCUUCCCGUAGUGGUGUCAGAGUGAGGCGGCUCCCUGGCUCUUCUGGUUUUCACAACAAGCUAGAGAUUUUCAAAGCUACACUUUUGAGUAAAAAGCCUUAUUAAAAGGAAAACAUGAUUAA